AUGCCACCACUAUGGAAGGCACUUGUUGCACAACUUGCAAGUAUGGGGAAGGGCCCUGGAAAGAGAACAAAUCCAUGGGAAAUGGAUGAGAAUUCGGUGAAGAGAAAAAAGCUCACAGGUGGUAAAAAGAAUGGCGUUACGACAGAUAAACCUUCAAAAAACGCGUCAGAAAACGUGUCGGCUGCACAGAAACAGAACAUUGACGUGUCAGGGUCGGACCCCACAUUACGGCUGUCUUCUGUGAUGAACCAGGGUCAAAGUCAACAGGAUUGCAUUGACAUGUUCCUUGGUUCCUUUCAAUGCCAGAUCCCUGUACCCCAUACAGCGGACCUUAUGGCACCCAGAUAUCAAUCAUUCCAGAUCGAGAAACCUGUGUCAGAGUUUUUCACAGGUACCUACCCCUGGGAUGAAAAGGAUCAGGAUGCCGACAAGGAAGAGGCCCAUUCCCUGGAUGUAGAGGAUGAAGAAAUAGGUGAAGAUGCAGGUAAAAUAGAUCUUCGAGCUAUUGGAAAAUUUGAAAUCACUCACAUAUUGUUUCAUGAAGACCUCCCAGAAAUGAAAGAAAUUCGAGAUGGGAAGCAACGCCAAGCCCCUACGUUAGACCAAGCCAGGGCCGCCCUGAAAGAUUUGAAAGAGAUUCUUGAUCCCCCACGAAAAACAGGUGCUGGACACAAAGAUCCCAGCCUGGAUCUCUUUGUCCGAAAAAAGGUCCAAGGCAUGGUCAGCAUGCUGAAUUUUUACACAAUCCCCCACUCACAUACAUACGGAAAAUGGGGUGCAUCUGCCCUCCAAGCUACUGUCUCUAUGGGGAGAGGUCGUUAUUGCACGCGUCAACUUACUGCACUGGUGCGGAAAUUCCUGGAUGAUCAUACCUUUCUUCCGGUUAAUCCCUAUGGAGAUUGGAACCAAUCAAUGCUCAUUGAUGAGGAUUUAUCCCUGGACAUCAAUUUGUAUCUCCAAGAAAUCAGAAAGGAUGUCUCAGCAAAGAAGGUGGUCAGUUUUCUUGCUCAGGAAGAGGUGAAACAGAAACAUGGCAUUACCAAAGCGAUUUCUGAAUGGACGGCGCGUUGA